UUUAAUUAAAUGAAAAAAUAGCCACGAAAAAUAACACAAAGAAAAGAUUAAGAUAAUGUCUUCCUCUGCCACCAGACCUUCCUCCUUCACACUCUUCACCAUCUCCGCCCCUUUUCCACCGCCGCCACCGCCGCGCCUGCUCUUCAAAACCCCCACCGCAUUCUUCACGCCCCUCCACCACCGCGCCAAAACCCCCAUCUCCAUCAAUUCCAUCGACGUCUCCAAAGAAGACAAGCAAGACCAAGACCUGCCGAUUCCGUCGGAGGAGCCGGAGUCAAAUCUCGAUUCUCGGCGAUUGGAGGAGAAAUUCGCGGUCGUGAACACUGGAAUCUACGAAUGCAGAUCCUGCGGGUAUAAAUACAACGAGACCGCCGGAGACCCGUCGUACCCGAUUCCGCCGGGCUUGCCCUUCGAUAAGCUUCCCGACGAUUGGAGGUGCCCGACCUGCGGCGCGUCGCAGAGCUUCUUCGAGAGUAAGAGAAUGGAGAUUGCGGGAUUCGAGCAGAAUCAGCAGUUCGGAUUAGGCGCCAACACGCUCACGUCUGGUCAGAAACUUCUGCUCAUCUAUGGUGGUUUGCUUUUAGGGUUUGCUCUGUUCUUAUCGGGAUACUUUCUCCAAUGAUCCAUCGCCUGUUUUUUGGUGUAUGCUUGUUUGUUGUCUAUGAAAGUGUAAUCUGUAUAUCGAAUUUACUUUUUGAAGUCAUCAGUAAUGUAUAUCAAUUGUAUUUGGGAA